AUGGCUCCCGCCAUCCCCUGCACCCCCGAGAUUCUGCCCCGGCCAUCAGCCACAUCGACCAAGGCGGCCGUGGCCGGCUACCCCUCGCCCGACGCCGGCGCGAGCGGGCCCCAGGGCAGCGUGCGCCCCUUCACGCCCAUCGCCGACUCCCGCGUGUGGACGCCGGCCACCUGGGCCGGCCGCCAGCACGAGUUCGUCAGCACCCUCACGCCCGACGACGUAUCCGAGCUCGCGGCCGCGACGGCGGCGUUCACCGCCGCCGCCGAGGCCGCCGGCGGCCUCAGCGCCGCGCUGGUAGGCCUGACGGCGGCAGACUUCCCGCUGCCCCGCCUCGGCCCGAAGCUCGCCGCCCUCGCCGACGCGCAGCUGCGCCCCGGCGGCGCCGGCGGCCGCGGCUUCCAGCUUCUGCGCGGCCUGCCGAUGGGCGAGUGGUCCGAGGUCGCGGCGCUCGUCGCCUACCUCGGGGUGGCCACCCACAUGGGCUUCAACUUCAGCCCGCAGCGCAAGAAUGGCGCGAUGGUGCAUCACAUCAAGGCGCUCAACGGCGCGGGCAAGCUCUACGCGGAGUCCACACAGUCCGCGGCGAUGGGCUUCCACACCGACGCCCAGGGCGACGCGCUGGGCCUGCUGUGCCUGCGGCAGGCGGCCGAGGGCGGCGAGAGCAGCCUGGUGAGCGCGGCCGCCGUCCACAACGAGAUGCUGGCACGCGGCCGCUCCGACCUGGUCCGCCUGAUGGCGGCCCCCGGGAUCUGGUGCCGCAACAAGGACCGCUACCAGCACACGCGGAAGGGCGAGGAGCCCUGGUGGUCAAUGCCCGUGUUUGACUACACGGGCGGCGUGUUUGCGGCGCACUACUGCCCCACAAACCACUACACCGAGGCCUUCGAGCUCUACGGCGGCCCCGGGGGCCUGGGCGAGAUGUCGCCGGCGCAGGCCGAGGCGAUCGCGCUUUUCGAGGAGAUCGCAAACUCUGCGAAGUUCAGGCUGAAAUUCACGAUGCAGGCAGGCGAUAUGUUGUUCGUCGACAACACUGCGGUGCUGCACGCGCGCUCGCCCUUCAAGGACGACCCCGCCGCGCCGCGCCACCUGGUGCGGCUGUGGCUGCUCGACGCGACGCUGGGGCGGCCCGGCGCGUGGGCGCGGCCGCUGCCGGCGCACCUUGCGUACCCCCGCGCCUAUACUGCUGCAGAGGGGUAUGACCCCGACACCGCGGCCCCGGGGCUGAUGCGCCCGGACCCGGCCACCUUUUUCGUGCCGCUGCGCGCGGAGUAG